CACUUGCAAAUUGCAAUCACGGAUCGGAAGCAAAACCAGCUGAUCCAGGACAGCAUUGGAUUUCAACUCGACAUGUGGGAUGCUUUUAUGGAUGGCAAUUUGACGUUUUAUUAACUUUUUACGGAAUGAAAACAUGGGGAAAAAAGGCAAAAACGAAAAGAAAGUCAAGGGAGCUGAGAAGACCGCUGCCAAAAUGGAGAAAAAGGUUUCCAAGAGGUCCAAACGUGAAGAGGAGGACUUGGAGGCUCUGAUUGCUGAAUUUCAGAGCAUGGAUGCCAAGAAGACUCAGGUUGUAGAGACUGCAUGUCCACCUCCAUCGGCAAGGCUAAGUGCAUCCAUUUGUGCUCAUCCUGAGAAAGAUGAGCUCAUCCUAUUUGGUGGUGAGUUCUUUAAUGGGAAGAAGACAUACUUGUACAAUGAUCUGUUUUUCUACAACAUUAAGAAAAACAGCUGGGUAAAGUCAGAGAUCCCCAACCCACCUCCCCCACGAUGCUCCCACCAGGCGGUAGCAGUCUCUCAAGGUGGGGGCCAGCUGUGGGUGUUUGGAGGAGAAUUUGCAUCUCCAAACGGGGAACAAUUCUACCAUUACAAGGACCUUUGGGUGUUGCACCUUGCAACACAUACCUGGGAAAAUAUCAAAGCGCCUGGCAGUCCAUCGGGUCGUAGUGGCCACAGGAUGGCACUCAAUCGGAGACAGUUGUUGGUGUUUGGAGGGUUUCAUGAGAGCACCAGAGAUUUUAUCUACUACAAUGACAUCUACUCAUUCUCUUUGGACGCUUUCUCUUGGUCACGCCUCUCCGUGUCAGGAGUUGCCCCUUCACCGAGAUCCGCCUGUCAGAUGACCUCUACGCCCGAUGGUUCUGGUAUCAUCAUCUAUGGAGGAUACUCAAAACAGAGACUGAAAAAGGACAUUGAGAAGGGAACUAUACAUUCUGACAUGUUUCUUCUAAAGCAAGAGGGUAAAGAUGGCCAAGAAAAGUGGACGUGGUCCAGAUUGAGUCCAUCAGGAAACAAGCCUCCUCCUCGCUCAGGCUUCUCCAUGGCAGUGGGCCCGGCAGGGCGCGCCGUGUUGUUCGGUGGGGUUUGUGAUGAGGAAGAGGAGGAGACGCUGGAGGGUGACUUCUAUAACGACCUCUACUUGUAUGACACGGUGAAGAACCGCUGGUAUCCUGGAAAACUCAGGGGUAACAAAACAGAGAAGAAGAAACGUCGGCGAGGAAAGAAGAAUGAAGCCGAAGGGGAUGUAGCAGAUAAGGAGAAGGAAGAUGAUGCUUCCAAAGGGCCGACCGAGGUCAUCAAGGAGAUUGUUACCGAGGACGGCACAGUGAUGACCAUCAAGGAAAUAAUCCCUGGAGCUCAGGAGGCGGAGGAGGCCAUUGAUUAUGAUGAGGAGGAGGAGGAUGAAGAGGAGGAGGAGGAGGAUGCGUCUGCUCUGGUGGAGCCCUGCCCAAGGUCCAGCGCCAUGGCAACCGUGCGCCAAGGCAAGCUGUUCCUUUAUGGCGGGAUGUUUGAGGUGGGGAGCCGUCAGUUCACCUUGAACGACUUCUACUGUCUGGAUCUCCACAAAAUGGACCAGUGGGAGGUCUUGGUUGGGAUGGAUCCAAAGACCCAAGAAUGGCUGGAAGAGUCUGAGUCAGAGGAUGACAAUGAGGAAGAGGAGGCGGCAGGGGGAGCAGAGGGAGGGGAAGAGGAGGAAGAGGAGUCUGAUGACACAGAUGAAGAUGAGCACCCAGCAACGAAGGAUGGCGAGACGUUGAUAGAUUACCAGGCCCGCACGGAGCACUACUGGGUAGGACUUGCUCGUACCAACAUGGGUGCAGAUGCCAAGGACAAAAAAGUAGCCAAGGUCGCCUUAGCUAUGGCGAAAGUCUUCUAUGAAGACAACUCGGAGGGCGCUUGAGUGACUUUAACCAUGCAGUGUAAAAAUACAUUAUGUAAAUGUUUUAUGCAAGAAAUGUCAUUAAACUUGUAGUGCAAAUUGCCAAGAUGGAUCCGAUACUGGGCUUUUAUUAACAAAAUUUGUUAUUUAUGUCAUACUGUUUGUAACAGUCAACAGGUAAUCUACAAAAAUAAAAAUAAAAACAUUCAAGACAUAUGGACACAAUUAAAAUCAUGUUCAAGGUGUUGGCAACUGUUAAAAUUUAUUUUCAUUCCAAUAAUUAAACUAACCUGCAUUACUCAUAAUCUUCAGCAGGGGGCGACUAAUGACAGUGAAAAUAUUUACAGUAAACGCUUGAAAAAAGUUCUAUCCAUACAGGAGAUUACUUUCUAGAAGUAGUCUUACAACUUGAGCGUUUUCUACGUUUUGGCAACAUAGAACCAAACUUAAAAAUUUUGUGUGACCCCCCCCCAUUGUGAAACUGAUACAGUUCUGAAAAUUUUAUGCAAAUGUAACUGUGAUGUGCAUUGAAAUUCAGCCCUCCUGCGUCAAUGCUUUGUAGUGCCACCAUACUCUGGAGUUAAAGCUGCAUUACUUGAGGUAUAUACCAGCUUUGUACAUCUCGACCCAGACACUUGGCUUUGUUAAGUCAUUGUUUUGCUUCAACAAAAUUUGCGUUCCCAGUUUCAAGUCUUUUACAGCCUCCAACUGGUUUUCUUCACUUUUAACCACAGUUUCCCCCAUGUGGGGACAGUGUGUUGAGGCUCAUUCACCACGCAUACUGUUAGCACUUUACAAUUAGAUGGGAAAAAAAAAAUCCCCUUGUUCUGAUUGGACCGAAGCAUGUUUCAGUGUGGUUUACAUGGCUCUAGGGAAACUUCAAACAGGACUUUCUAGGUUUUCCAUCACAAUUAUGUGCUAUUUUGUUUGGCUAUAAAAUACCAAAUGGAUAAAAUUGUUGGUACGCAUCUGUUAAUGAAAGAAAACCCCACAAUGGUCACUGAAACCACUUGAAAAUUACAAAAGUAACAAUAAAUACACAAGAAAAUUACUCAAAUUGAGCCAUUACUAUGGAAUUUUCGUUCAACAGAAUUGUUUAAAAAAAAAAAAAAAAAAAAAAAAAAAAUCUACAUACUGUAUAUAAGUGAUGAAACGAGCCUGGACAAAAACGAUGGUACCUGUCACUUAAUAUUUUUAUGUACUACCUUUUAAAACAGUCCCUGCAAUGAAUUGAUUACUGUAAAUGUCAAUGAAAAUUCUGCACCUGUCAACACCAUUUCUCGGCGUUAGCUGGGAUAGGCUCCAGCACCUCCGUGACCCUUGUGAGGAAAAGCGGCAUGGAAAAUGAAUGAAUAAUUUUCAUCGGAUUACUUGAAAAGCUCUGUUUGGGAAGACUUUGGUUGACUCACUAUGACCAGAUUUUAUUAAUUAGAGAUGUCCCAAUCUUAUCACGUGAUUGGAAAUCGGGUCGACGGCGCCAUUUUUCAGAGGAUCGGAAUCUGGUGAAAAGGAUUGGGUUUUUAAUUAAAAAAAUAUAUUUGGUUUUCUGCUUCAUGCUCGUGCAGCUUCUCACCCUCCCUCCUGCUAAGCAAUGUGACCAAACUGUUUUUCUUGGUCACCAUUGGAGCUGGCGCUUGUUUUUAAAGCUAACGAUGAUUGACAGGUUCAUAGCUUUGAUCUGGCUAGAGACGCCUCGGUAGCUCUAUGAUCAAAGGCACAAAUGUAUUAAUCGUCGUUAAACUUGGAACACAGCCUGAAGUGUGCUGUGGCAAUUCUUCAUUCUGUAAGUGAGAGGCUGUUCUCAGAAGCGUGAGCGUCAAGGCAAAAAAAAAAAAAAAUCUAGAGUCCAGGGACUCUGUAUCGGCAGAUUCUCAAAAUCAGGUGACUCGUACUUGGGUGCAAAAAUAUGCGAUUGGGACAUAAUCAUAUAAUACCGUUUAAUCCAGGCUAAGUGGGUCUGUAAGUGAUGAAGAUUGGUGGAUAUAAAAGGAAUCCAGGAAGCCAUGUCUCUGCGCAAUUGCUGAUUUUAUGAAGCAAAACAAAAGUUUGCAUAAAAAAACCAAACAAAAACAAAAAAACGCACGUCCUGCGAUAGGACUAUUGCUCAUGCACACAGUGCGAUCGCAAUGUUCAAACGAUAUAUUGUGCAAGCCUAGUUGAGAGUUUUUAAGAGUUGGGAACAACAGGAGAACAUGCAAGUCACCUGCCUUGCCGCUCGGUCAGAAUGCAAUUACUAAUAUGCGAGUGCGCUAAUUUUAGGGUUCAUUUGACCGCGAGAACACGAACGUCCGCUGGCUUGACUGCAGUUACCAAUUCCUACUUAGUUUUCACCAGAUACCUAUUUUUCCCGUGUACGUGUAAAAUAUGUAGGGUCGUGGUUCGGGCAUGUGAAGUAACACCAAACACUACUUAUUUUAGGAACUACAACCCUACCUUUUUCUCCCGACACCGGCCCACCGGGGAAAUCCCGUGUAUCCCCGUAUGCGAGUCACUGCACAUUAAUAAUGCCAUACUCAGGAAAAGGUAUAAUUUUUUUGGCGAAGGUAUAGAUUUGUACUACCGUAACCGCCCAUUUGUGUCAGUCUUAUUGAUAACUUCAUUACACGGUUAACCACAGAGCUGCCAGCAUCAUUUAUUAAAAUCUGCGAUGCUUGUUAAAAGACCAGUGGUUCAAUGGCCAUCCUAUCUCUUUUCCAAACUUCUUGGCUAUUCUUAAAUCUUAGUGAACGCUUCGGUUUAUUAUUUUUAUAUUUUAAAACAGUAGUGUGAUUACUAAACAACUUACUCACGACAUAAAGCUGAGUCAGACUUCAGCCAUGAAGAAUUGUGACGUUUUGUUUUGACGAAUGCUAAAUUGAAACUUUAAAUUUAUCACAACAAAAUUUGGAAUUUCUCACAUGAUAAUGUGAGUUUGACAUAUUUCUAUCUGGUGUGGUAGCAAUGUAAUCUUAGGAUCAUUAGUGUCAAAUUUGUAUUAGGGCUGCUCAAUAAAGCAUAUUUUAAUAGUGAUCACAAUUUUGGCUGUCAGAUUUGGAUGAACGUGAUCUCUGGUGAAAUUUUGCAUAAAAUGUCUCUGGUCCAUAUCUAAUCAAAUACUUUCCCUUUCACCUCAUUAAUCAUAGUGCAUAGGUUUUGGGUGUUAAAACACAUUUAAUCACAGCUAAAAAUGUUAGGCCCCUAGUAUCGCCUUCUAUUUAAUGUGCACCAUCAUUCAUUAACAUGUCAGGAAUGCUGGUAAAAGCUACAAUGUUCAAUGUACGAUUAUUUUAAUUGUGUUUAUUUUAGUUUUCACAUGCCUAAAAAGCUUUAAGCUAGGAGCUAAUGACAACUACAGUAUAUAGUUACAUGAAAAACUGCAGAUGCAGAAACCUUUGGAGACCACUGACUAAGAUCAGCUACUUGCUAGUGCAGUAAACUGUGAUUUGUAUUUGAGCUGAUUAUUUGACUAUUCAUAGAGUUCAUAAAAUAUUUUGAAGUCUAUGGACUACUCAACAUAAUAAUUGGUCAUUAGUUCACCAUUGAACUAAUCAUUUGUGACAGGCAUACUUGUGGAAAGGCAUGAAAAAAAAAAUAGUUUGCACAAGAGAACAGGAGGUACUGACAUUAUCUUUCACAACAUUUGUAGUUUGUGAGUCCGUCAUUUACAUAAAGUAAUUUGCCAGUGAAAUUCUUGCAUCUCUCUUACUGUCCUUAUUUUUACAUUAUGUGAACUGGAAGUUUGGUUUCGUGGACUUGAACUGUGAACACAAAACUGCUUUUGGUGACGAGCAAGGCGUUUUUGCGCAACAGUUCAACUUUGGUCGUAUCAUUGACUGGACAAGGAUACAGUGGUAUGAAAAAGU